CCAGACCCAGGAGCCGGCCGCUGGUAUAUAGUCCACGGGCCCAUCGUGCUCACAGCAAUCGACACGUCUCCUCUGCGACACGUGCAGGCAGGCUCCCGACGGCUUCAAUCCUCAAACUCUCUGACGUGGACACCAUGAAGGUGGUGCCGCUCUCCGUGUGGGUGGUGGUGGUGGUGGGGGCGGCGGCUGUGCUGGCCGAACACGCCCACACCCCUCCAGUUGUUGAACGCGCCAAAGCACCCGCGGCAGACAAUCGCAAUUCAUCACUGAACAUCGUCGGAAGAUCCGUGGACUGUGCAGACUACCUCAUGGCCGGGGCCACAGCCAGCGGAGUCUACGAGAUUUACCCCUUCUCAUGCACGUGCGGCAGGUCGGUGAGGGUCUGGUGCGACAUGGAGACGGACGGCGGCGGCUGGACGGUGUUCCUGAAGCGCCAGAACCAGACGAGUCAACUAGACUUUAACCGCACGUGGGUCGAAUACAAGGAAGGCUUCGGUUCCCCUGAGCAGGAGUACUGGCUGGGCAACGAACUCCUUCACCAGAUGACGUUCAGCCGCGAGUACGCAGUCCGCCUCGACGUCCAUUUGACUUCUGGAGGUUAUGAUUACGGGACCUACGAACGGUUUAAGAUCAACGAUGAGGACACCAGGUACCGGACCACACUGAGCGGCAAGUACGACGGAGGCGAAACCAGGUUCUGCAUGUAUUACUUGAACGGCCGCUACUUUACUACCCGGGACAGGGACUACGACUCUUACAGUGGUAACUGUGCAGCCAAGCAAGGAGGCGGAUGGUGGUACUACGACUGCAGGAGAUUCAACCCAACCAGCACCUACAACAGUUCCUCCAUAAACAUGCUCUGCUACAGUAGCUCGUAUACACAGAAGGUGACGAACAUCGAGCUCAAGCUCAGGCCGGCCAUCUGCGACUCUGCGAUCAAGACCAUCCACCUGCAGGACCACACCUGUGGCUGCCAGGGUACACCCGAACUCACGGCGAAGUGAUGACCUUGUUCUAGAGCGUUCAUGUCUCGCCGACACGUCAGUUUACACCCACUGAGUCAUACUGAGCACAGUUCUGAGUCAAGAGUUUAUCUCAAUACACACACUGUGAAAAGAUUUUAAUAAAUACUUAACUUGAAAACGUGUCAGUAAAGUGUUAUCAGAAGACAAUUUCGCUAAAAGAGUUCAUGUCCCAUAAUCCUGUAAACAAUGAGGCAGACUUGUGCACCGCGUCCUGCACGACACGACGGACGCAGCGACCUUCACCAGACGCCGCCGAGCAUCACAACACAACCCACGCCGUGCUCGUUGUCCGCUCCAGUGUAACAUUCAGAACACCAAAUUUACCUCAAGAUCACGUCGACAUCGUGACACAAGCUGCCACUGUUCCCCACUGGAAAUACUUUCGGACUUUUUUCAGUUUCAAUAAAAUCUCGAGACCUUCC